AUGAUCAUUCCAGUUCGCUGUUUCUCGUGUGGAAAAGUAAUUGGCAAUAAAUGGCAAGAAUAUCAAGACUUGUUGGCUAAUGAUUAUACUGACAAUGAAGCAAUGAACAUUGUUGGUUUAAAACGGUACUGUUGUCGCCGUAUGAUCUUAACACACUCUGACUUGAUUGAAAAGUUGUUACAGUAUAAUCCACAAGAACGGUCUCGCGAACAACACCGUACUCAAGUUCGUCGUAAUUAA